CAGCGGCCAGCGCGGUGCAUUGUGGACACUGUAGUUCCCGCCGCGUUCCGGGUCGCCUGAGUGCUGCGUGAGUGCGGUGAUUCAUGGACUGGAAUAUAAGGGAUACCAGAGGAUUCCUGCUCUGUCCGCCGGUUUGGGACUUUCGGUGUUGGAUAUCCCGGGAUCGUUGUUUUAGAGAGAGAACUCACCUGCCUUCGUUGCUCUUAAGUAGUCGUAAAAGCAGCUCCCAAUUUUUUUUGUAAGGAAGAAACAAAAUCUCCUUUUUGAAAGUUGGACUUCGAUUCUCCGCCCCGACCUCCAAUCGCUUAAUUUUGCUCUACAAGUAGGGAUUUUUCCAAACAUCUGUCUCAUAAUCUGGUGCUGAUCUCACUGCAUAAUGACUUUCUGUUUGUCUGGUAUUGGAAGCUUUGCUAAGCUUUGGAAGAGCAACCCGGUAUUGCUAGGCCGAGGGCACUCUUACCUCUCUCUCUUUCUCACAGACUUCUGUGGCAUCAGGAACCAACAGAGGUGGUUUUCUCUUAAAACAAUGUCUCCACAAAAUACCAAAGCAACGGAUCUGCUAAUUGCCAAGGCCAGACAUCUCAGGAAAGAUGAAGGCAGUAAUAAGCAAGUUUCCUCUGAUUCUUCUCAUCUUUUUUUAGCUGGAGCAGCUAAGAAGAGAUCGCAGAUGAAUCCUCAGAGUAAAGAUCAUGCCUUGCCACCUGUAAAGAACACUAUUGAACUCCCAACAAAACCUUUGAAUUCAAAGGAGUGGGAUAAACUUAAGGAAGAUUUCAAAGGAAAGGUCAAUUUUGAAAGUUGGAUCAGUUCACAGAUGGCUCAGUGUCGUAGCUCUGUAGAUGUGGCUAAAUCUCUGCUGGCAUGGGUAGCAGCAAAAAACAAUGGUAUUGUAGGCUAUGAUUUACUGGUCAAGUAUUUGCAUCUGUGUGUCUUUCAUAAGCAGACAUCAGAAGUUAUUGAUGUCUAUGAAAUCAUGAGAGCCAGAUAUAAGAGUUUAGAACCUGAAGCAAACACUCUUCUCAUCCGGGGAUUAAUCCAUUCAGACAGAUGGAGAGAGGCCUUGCUGCUGUUAGAGGACAUCAAAAAAGUCAUGACCCCUUCAAGAAAGAACUAUAGUGACUGUAUCCAGGGAGCCCUCCUUCAUCAAGAUGUAAACAUAGCUUGGAAUUUGUAUCAGGAAUUGCUAGCUCAUGAUCUCAUUCCUAUGUUGGAAACUUUAAAAGCCUUCUUUGAUUUUGGAAAAGACAUAGAAGAUGAUCACUAUUCAAAGAAACUACUAGACAUUCUUUUGUAUCUAAGAAAUAAUCACCUAUAUCCUGGGGAGUCAUUUGCACACAGUAUAAAAACGUGGUUUGAGAGCAUUCCUGGACAACAGUGGAAAGGACAAUUCACCACAAUCCAGAACAGUGGUCAGUGUUCGGGGUGUGGAAAAACCAUAGAGUCUAUUCACCUGAGUCCAGAAGAGUAUGAAUUUCUCAAGGGAAAAAUCAUGAGAGAUGUAAUUGAUGGAGGUGACCAAUACAAAAAGACAACACCCUGGGAACUUAAGAGAUUUAAGAACUUUGUAAAAUCCUGUCCUCCUUUUGAUAUUGUCAUCGAUGGCCUCAAUGUUGCCAAAAUGUUUCCUAAAGCUCGCGAAUCUCAAGUUCUCUUGGAAUUAGUCUCUCAACUAGCCAAACAAAAUCUGCGACUGCUGGUCCUGGGCCGGAAGCACAUGUUAAAAAAGAGUCCCCGGUGGAGAAAGGAUGAGAUGGAAAUGGUGCGAGAGCAAGCCAGCUGUUUCUUUGCUGAUAACAUCUCAGAGGAUGAUCCAUUCCUUCUGUAUGCCACACUGCACUCGGGGAAUCACUGCAAGUUUGUCACAAAAGACCUGAUGCGGGACCACAAGGCCUGUCUGUCUGAUUCCAAGACCCAACACCUGUUCUUUAAGUGGCAGCAGGGACAUCAGCUGGCAAUUAGGAAUAAGUUUCCGGGAUCAGGAAUAACCUUUCAGCAUAUUCUCAGCCAUGACACCGUGGUACAAACAACUGGAGACUCGUGGCACAUACCAUAUGAUGAAGACCUGGUGGAAAGAUACUCCUACGAAGUGCCAACCAAAUGGCUUUGCCUCCACCGAAAAACAUAAAGACUCUGACCCCCAUGCUAAAUUUGUGUUUGAGUGCUUAUCUGGUUGCCAUCAGAGCUCUUAAGUUGAUGCUUGUUUAGGGCAUUGCCUCUCUCCUGAAGAUAAAAGGGUUCUAUUAA